AUGUCAACAGUUUCUCUAAUUCUUUGCUUGGCUUUGAUGCUACACGUCACCAGUGCUUGUGAUGGACCAAACGAGCAGCAGCAAUUAGCGGCUUCCAGACAGCAAUCGGACGAGUAUUUCGCCAAUGCUUAUGGAUUCACUCCGGAAACGUGGAGCGCAUUUUCCUACCAGCCGUCAAACCCUUACUACGCUCCUGAAUAUUCCGGUCACUACGAAGGGCGAACGUCCCUCAACAGCCUACAACCUAUCAACGAGAAUAAUCCAUUUAACAAAUACUUUGCCAACAGUAAUAAUGUUGAAGUAGAGCAGAGCCAAGCAGAAAAUCGUUUCCUGCUCGGUGGUUUGGGCGCCAAUUUGAUCAACACGGGCAUCUUCAACAACCGUUUCACUCCGGCCAAUACGUGGAGGCCCUUCCAAAAUCUGGCCAACAGGUUCCCGGCAGCCAUUACCUUGAAUCCAAACAUUGGCGAUCCGCUCACCACCUUCGACGCCUGUAAAUCUCCCACCGGCGAAGAUGGAAUCUGUGUUCCGGGAAGCAUUUGCUCUUUAUUCCGCGGUCGGCCUAGCGGCUCGUGCGUCUUUGGAAAAGUCUGCUGCAUCAAUACCAUCACUACUUGCGGAGGUACGGUUACCUUAAACAACACCUUCUGGCAAUCUCCAUCUACGGCCGUGAAUUCGCCUUCCACUUGCGCGCUGACUGUCCGGAUGGACACCAAAUUGGUGGAACAAAUAAAGAGGCCCAUUUGCCAAGUCCGUUUGGAUUUCAUUUCCUUCACGACCGCUCAGCCGACCGUCGGCACAUGUUCAGACACUUUUGUGGUCGGCGGAUCGGCUUCCUCGACGCCCGUCAUUUGCGGUGACAACACCGGACAGCACAUGUACCUUGACGUCCCUUCUUCCGCAAUUACUCCAACCGAUAUCCAGCUGAUGUUCAGUUUCGCAGCUGGCGUAACAGCCACCCGUUCGUGGAACAUCAAAAUCGCGAUGCUUCCGUGCGGAGCCUCCUAUCUUGCUCCGGUGGAUUGUCUCCAGUAUUUCUCCUCGGCUACUGGAAAAGUCAAAUCGUUUAAUUGGCAGGACGUCACUAGCACCGCCACCCGUCAACUCAACAAUCAAAAUUACAACAUUUGCUUCCGGACUGAACUGGUUUCCGGACAGAGAGCGACUCAGAUGUGCGUGUCGAUUUGUACAGUCACGAACGGGGGCGACGCCUUUUACAUCACGACUCCCGCCGCCGUCGUCACAGCAGCGACUACUUUCCUGACUGUAGUCACCACUACCGCGGGAGCCACUUCGCAAUCUAACGUGGGCACAACUGUCUCGAGCACGGGUAAUCCAGCGUUUGUUGUUGCCACUUGCCUCUACGAUUUCCUACAAAUCGCCAGCGGCCAAGACGCCACCACCGGAGUCGAGGCCGACCGUUUCUGCGGGAAUCAGUUGAACCCGGCAAGAGGCGCCGAUCUUUUAAAUCCCGGUCUCGCCACCAGUACGCAAGUGUGCACUUCGAUCAGACCGUUCAGGAUGACGUUCAAGACCGACGGUACCGAGGCGGCUAUUGCAGCUGUGACUCCGCCAACAGUUCCAGCCGUUGCUGGAGCUGACGCAGCCAACACGGGAUUCUGCCUCGAUUACCAAGAGAAAUAGAAAAUAAAAAAAAGGCCAAUAAACCCAUUGCCAUUUUGCUUUAUUUUAACGUUUCGGCAUUUCCAAAAAAGCCUUUGUCUACUUCAAGUUUUACUGGUGGGGGAUUUUUCUUGUUGUUGUUUUGGAAAUGGUCGUUAUGUAUUCUGGACCACACGGGAGUUUUGAAAAAAAACAAUUCUUUAUGUACGGUACUACGUCAGCUUUUUAAAAAGAAAUAAUUUUGGUUAGUUUCGCAAAUGACUAUUGUAUGACCCGAAAAGGUUAAACAAUAAAAACAAAGAACAUCCGUGCAAAAUUUUUGCGACUGUGUUUUUUGUUUCUUUUAGUUUUAGUCUAAUCUUAUGUAAUUCCAUCUGAAAUAUUUAAAUAAACAGCAGCAAAUCAA